GCCCUGUGCACGCGGCGGCCCCUCGGCUCUGCGGACCGCUCGCAAAGACCUAGGCUGUACUCUGGCGCUGCCAUCUUCCUUUCCAGAAUUACUACUACCCUACUGCUUCCUGGAAUCUACUCAUGGGGGCAGCAGUGCAAGUUAGUACUGAGGCAGAGUUGUGAAUGUGCAGCCAUGUACAUGCUCCCCUAAAGCAUGCUAGGGCAAGUGACGCCAUGUCUGAUUCCUCCCUCUAGGAUUUUCAAUGGCAGGAUAUCAGCUUUGGUCACCAUGGACCCCUCUGGAUGAGAGCUUCCAAUGGCUGCGGCACACGACGCCCACCCCAUCCUCCAAGCACCCCUUUAGGGCCUCCCCCUGCUUUCCACAUACCCCUUCUGAUCUGGAAGUUCAGCUGUGUUUCCAAGAGGUCACCCUUGUCCUCGACAGCCCAUUCCUGGAAAAUGGAGUAAGUCCCAAGCUACCCUAUCACAUGUCAGAGCUUGGAAGCAUGAUCCACAAGAAAGGACUGGUCAGGAAGCCGCAGCCCAUCCGCCUCAGUGGCGUGGAUUCUGUCUUUGGCAGGGUUAUCACAGCUCAGCCACCCAAGUGGACUGGGACCUUCAGAGUUUCUGAGAAGUCAGCCUUUCGCAAAAUCAUCAGCAAAGAGCAACAGUGGCCCACUGGACUCAAGGAGCCUCAGAUCCAGAUGACAGUGACAAUGUGCAAACAGAUGCUGCGCUCCAUCCUCUUGCUGUACGCAACCUACAAGAAGUGCACCUUUGCCCUGCAGCACUCCAGGUAGAGGGUCCGGUCACGCCCCUGCUCUCUGGGAUGGAAAUGAGCUCAUAUAAGCCUAUCCAGCCACGCUGCCCUUGCUUCCACUUUCUCUCAAGCAACAAGAGAAGCCCCUUUCCUCUUGUUCUCUCCAAGGCCACUGACAGAGUAGGGGGGACAUUUCCGCUGUAGAGCUGAACAACCUCUGAGAGUCUAACUAGUGCUGACUUGUACAUGUG